UCGGCUGGACAGCAGAGUCAACGCCAUGAUGGAGACCGGUCUGGUGCAGGAACUGCUUGACUUUCAUCGGAGAUACAACGAGCAACGGAUUAAGUCCAACGCGUCAGCCGAUUACACGCAGGGCAUCUUCCAGAGCAUCGGCUUCAAGGAGUUCCACGCUUACCUCGUGCUGCCCGAAGAGGAGAGGCGAAAGAAAAAGGGACAGGAAUUACUGCAGAAGGGUAUCGAUGACCUAAAACUAGUUACAAAAAGGUAUGCUAGGAAACAGGAAAAGUGGAUUAUGAAUCGCCUAGUUCUACGUAAAGAUAGGCAGGUACCACCUAUAUACGUAUUAGAUUGCUCUAAUACAAAUGAAUGGAAUGAUAAGGUAUAUGAACCAGCUGUAACAAUAAUCGAAGCUGCACUAAAAGGAGAAAAACCUACACAGAAACCUAUAAACGAGGUGGUUACAGAACAGAAAUAUACUGACAGUAGCAACGAGGAAAAUCAUUACUGCAAAGUUUGCGAUAGAAUAUUCAUUGGAAAACAGUGGGACAUUCAUAUGACUAGCAUCAAACAUAAAAGAGUUUUGAAAAAGAGAAAGAGGCUGGAAGAACGAGAAAAAACUGAUGAGGAGAAACGAUGAUAGUUACACAUAUCAAA